AAUCAAUGUGAAUAAUCACUGUGGAAAAUAGAAUAGAUGGUGAGUGUCCAGUUGUAGUAAUAUUAGUUAUUACACUACACCGUUCAACCUAGUGAGCUGCUAUACAGUAGGCUAUCAUAUUGCUUUCAAUUGUGAGGUCAGAGCGAAAUUAAAGUAGACAGAAGAUAGUGCAAUAAUACCUCCGUAAUAAUCAGUGAAUUUGUAGAGACAUUACACAGUAGCUGUAACAUAAAACCUAAUUGUUUCUGCGUCUUAAUUGGAUUGGAUCUUAAUAACGAACAAACGGAACAUGUCUGCCAUACAGAAAGCAAUUGAAGCCUAAAGAAAGGAUUAUACAUUAAAGAACAUUGAAUAUAUAAUGAUGAUUAGUGCUUUUAAAGAUCACUGUAAGCCACACUGAAACAAUCAGCAUAUAAAGUGAAAAGGGGAUCUGAAGCAAUACGAUUGAUUAAGAGACUUUAAUAUUACAUUCACGUAUGUAUUGAGCAUCAGUAACAGCAGACACCGGCAGCAUCUUAAUGACAUCAUACCAGACUCUGACGGACAAAGGAAGGAGAUAUUAAAUUAGUACGAGCACUGACGAAGAUUUCUACCGGCUGCAUACGGAACCCUGAUGUUACUGGGAUUAUACUUUCUCGAAAAAUUCACCAUGUUGGAUUCAACUAUGUUCCUGAACAAUUUGACUCCAAAGUUCUAUGUUGCACUGACAGGAACCUCUUCACUGAUCUCGGGAUUAAUUCUCAUAUUUGAAUGGUGGUAUUUUAAAAAGUAUGGCACCUCCUUCAUAGAGCAGGUGUCUCUGAACCAUAUAUCCCCACUUCUUACUGGCAGCUCAGGGGAGGCUACCAUAGAAACAAAUUCAUCUAACAGUACACAACAGAACUCUAUACCAGAAUGUAAAGUAUGGAGAAAUCCCCUGAAUUUAUUUCGGGGGUCAGAAUAUCUACGUUUUACCUGGGCAACCAAUAAAGAGCCACUGACGUAUUAUGAUAUGAACCUGUCAGCGCAAGACCACCAAACAUUCUUCACAUGUGAAGCUGACAACGGCAAACCUGAUUAUGAAAUAAUGCAGGUAGCGUGGAGAGAGCGGAAUCCUCAGGCAAGGAUACGUGCUGCCCAUGAUGCCUUGGAGAAGAACCCAGAAUGUGCUCCUGCCCUUGUGCUAUUAGCAGAAGAAGAAAGCCCGUCCAUAGUUGAGGCUGAGAAGCUUCUAAAACAGGCUUACAAAAGUGCAGAAACCAACUACAGAAAAAGUCAACAGACCCAGCACAAUAACUCAACACAGGAAAUCAUACACCGGAGAGACAGUAACAUCCUGGUGUAUGUAAAGAGAAGACUUGCCAUGUGUGCCCGGAAACUGGGCAAAACUAGAGAAGCUGUGAAGAUGUUUAGAGAUCUGAUGAAGGACUUCCCAUGUCUUAACUUAUUUAAUAUCCACGAAAACCUGAUAGAGGCUUUACUAGAACUACAGGCAUAUGCUGAUGUACAAGCAGUGCUGGGAAAAUAUGAUGAUAUCAGUCUCCCAAAAUCAGCCACAAUAUGCUACACGGCAGCACUGCUUAAAGCAAGACAGGUUGCUGACAAAUUCUCCCCUGAUAUAGCUUCAAAAAGAGGCCUUAGUACAGCAGAAAUGAAUGCAGUUGAGGCAAUACACAGAGCUGUAGAGUUUAACCCUCAUGUUCCCAAAUAUCUAUUAGAGAUGAAAAGUCUGAUCCUUCCACCUGAACAUAUCCUCAAACGGGGUGACAGUGAAGCCAUAGCAUACUCAUUCUUCCAUCUACAGCAUUGGAAGAGAGUUGAAGGGGCUCUCAACUUAUUACAUUGUACUUGGGAAGGAACAUUUAGAAUGAUACCAUAUCCUCUAGAGAAAGGACAUCUAUUUUACCCCUAUCCCACAAGCACAGAAACUGCAGACAAAGAGCUUUUACCAGCCUUUCACGAGGUUUCUGUCUACCCAAAAAAGGAGUUGCCAUUUUUUAUUCUAUUCACUGCGGGCUUGUGUUCAUUCACUGCGCUCCUUGCGCUUCUCACACACCAGUAUCCAGAACCUAUGGGACACAUUGCUAAAACAGCACUGGGCUGGCUGUACCUUCCAGUGAGCUACAUCAUUGAGAAACUGGAAGCAAUCCUCCCAUCUAACCUCAUACAGCAACUUGCCAGGAUAUAGACAUACAGAAAUACAUGGAGACACUUCCAAGCAUAUAGAAUAGAGAUAUUGACAUUUAUGGACACUUCCAAACAUUUAGAAUAGGGACAAGUGGCAUUCAUGG